AUGGAGUGGAGGGCACGUGUCGGUCGACCCGUUCGUGUGUACGCCAACAGCCGCACUCCCAUAUGUGGAACGCCUGUCUCUGGCCAGACGGACGCCCACUGCCCUCCAAGUUAUGCUGUUAUUCCGAACACCAAUUCAUGCAAAUCCUGUUACACGAGACCAACAACCCAUAGGAAAAGGUCCGAAAAUGAAGUCGAGUUGUUGGACAUGCUAUACCCGGCCGCCUAUCGCAUAGUUAUGGGAAAUAGUGUACGCGUGGGUCAGAUACCAUGGAUGUGUUCCAUAUACUACCGUGGUCAUUUUGUUUGCGGUGGAUCUAUUAUUGACAACAAACAUGUGAUAACAGCCGCACAUUGUUUUGAUAAUAGCCGAUGGACUGAUUAUUUGAUUCAUAUGAAUUGUUGCCACAGAAAGGCCAGUGAUUAUCACAUAAGGGUUGGUUCUAUAAGACUAUACAACGGAUCGGUAUAUCGUGUGUCACACAUAUUGGCUCACGAGAGGUAUUUUCAGCCUCGCAUUUAUCACGACUUAGCUAUUAUAAGGUGUAAACAUGACAUAGUGUUCUCCGAUGAGAUCGCACCGGUAUGUCUACCAAAGAGACGAUGGCUCAACAAAACACACAUUUGGCAUAAAAUAGCAUUUGUAUCGGGUUUUGGUGACACUCUGUUUGGUGGUUCUCAGGCAUCGGUUCUACAGGAAGUAGAUCUCAAUAUAGUGAACAACACUUAUUGUGAACACAACUACAAGAAUCUCAUAGAAAGUGGCCGUAAAUAUCCCAUAGGAAUGAAGCGCUCUAUCAUUUGUGCCGGUUAUGAAGAGGGGGGGAAGGAUGCCUGUCAGGGAGAUUCAGGAGGUCCAUUAACAGCCCAUUUCAAUAGCAUUGCAUACCUGUUAGGUGUCGUGUCAUUUGGCUUUCAAUGUGCACAGCCCUACUUUCCCGGUAUUGGAUUUAUGAUAUAA